CAGGCAUUUAUCUCCGGGUCACGUAGAAUGAGAGCAACCCUGGACUCAGGCCAAGCACAGAGCGCAGAGGGGUGAGAGAAACGUCUGGGGUCAUGACUGUACUCUAGCGAUGACAUCCCUCAAGCUACAGUCUGUGCCACGUCUGACUCAAGCUACGGUCUGUGACAAGGCCGACUCUAGUGAUGAUGUCCUCCAAACUACAGUCUGUGCCACGUCUGACUGUAAUGAUGGCAUUCCUUUGGCCUUUUUGUGUCCCAUGUCCUGCUGCAGUGAUGACGUCUCUCCAUCUUUAUGUUCUGACAUGUCCUACUGUUGUGACGACAUCUUCGAAGCUACAAUUUGUGGCACAUCCGGCUAUAAUGAUGACAUCCCUGCAUCUUCAAGCUGUGACAUGUCCUACUGUAGUGAUGAUGUCCUCGAAGAUACAGUCUGUACCACGUCCAGCCAUAGUGAUGACAUCUCUCCAUCUUCAAGCUGUGACAUGUCAGACUGUAGUGUUGACGUCCCCCAAGAUGUGGCACCUCAGUCAAGGAAGCUGCAGGAUAAGACCAAAGUUAUUGACAUCAAUUUUUGCUGCUAUGAAAUCGGAAGUCAGCUGGGUAAAGGUGGCUUUGGAACUGUCUAUGCGGCGACUCGUUUGGACGACGGCCUUCAGGUGGCACUCAAAUUCGUCUCCAACAGGAACAAAAAAUUCUUCAUCAUUGACGGUUAUUCCAGACCUUUUCCACUGGAGGUCACUCUGUUAAUUCUUGCAAGCCAAGACCCCAGCGUUCCCGAAAUUGUCCAGCCUCUGGACUGGCGUGUGGAGCCUGACCACUACGUUUUGGUCCUGGAGCAUCCCAUUCCCUUUGAGGAAUUGAACUGGUUUGUUCUGUGGCAAACAGUGACCAUGGAAGAGGACGUGGCCCAGGUUAUAAUGCACCAGGCAAUAUUUGCAGCUCAAACAUGCUGCCGACGUGGAGUAUUGCACAGGGACAUAAAGAUGGAAAACCUUCUCAUUAACCCGGACACACUCAAAGUCAAAUUAAUUGACUUUGGGUGUGGUGACUUCCUUACCAAUGAGGCUUACACGACCUAUGCUGGCACAAGAGAGUACUGCCCUCCCGAGUAUCUGAUGACCGGCAAGUACCAUAGGGAACCAGCAACAGUGUGGUCACUCAGGAUUCUCUUGUUUGCAUUGCUGUGUGGAGAUUAUCCAAAGAUACAAGACCUGAAAAAGAUCAACAGCAACACCUGGGCCAAAGAAGGCCUGUCAAAAGAAUGCUGUGAUAUUAUUCGCUGUUGUCUCCAGAUCGACCCACAGCAGCGGAUUGAACUAGGCAAACUUUGUCUCCACAACUGGUUUAAGACUGCAGACAAGAAGAAAUGAGGGAUAACAUCAUCAGCAGCU